AGUGCAGCAGGACCCGCAUCACAUCGCAGCGCAGCCUGCUUUACUCUGAUACCUGCAGCCUGUGAUGUAUUUAUUUAUACACAUUAUUUUGUCUUCCCCUGACAGUGAGAGGGCGUAUCCGCUUUGAGAAGGAGGCUGAGCGAGUACAGCGUGAGUGCAAGGAGUGGGAGGGCUGGUUGGAAACACGGGAUGAAAACAGUGGAGAGCCACGCCGCCCACUAAACAAGCCGAAGCGCGUACCAACAAUUUCGCAACCACCUCUUCUGCUGCUGCUGGUGCCCUGCUUAAAUCUACAGAGGAGCGGUGGAGAGCAGACAUCCGCCGUCAUACAUCAGGCAGACAGAGGAACUAACAAAAGGACAAAACCCCAAAAGGCAUGCAGCUUGAUGGUGCAAAGGGAGGAGGAAGAGAAGAUAGGUGAUAACGGAAAGUUUAGAAGAAGGGCACAUAAAAGGCAUCACUACCUCCCCCCGCCUAAUCGGAAAAUGUUCUGCCUGCCACACGUGUUUACCAGAUAAGGGGGGGGAAAUGGCGACAACAGCCCUUUCAGACGAGCGAGGGAAUGAGACUAACUGAAGAGGAGUCAGAUGAGCUAGUUCCAAAUAGAAACAGCACUGGAUCAAUAAUCUGGCAGUGGUUUGGAUUUCACAAGAAGAAUGUUGAACAAAAUGUAAUAAUUUUCAAGAAAUGCCAUAAAACUAUUUUUGUUAAAGACAAAAUAAACACAGGACUCUGACGACGCUGCGAUCCUUUUGGCCCUGAUUCAUUUGUGAUUUGGGCACCACGACUGAUCGGAAUAAGUUGGAAUCCGCUUCUGUCUGGAUGAAGGGCCAUGUUGCCCCCAAAGGGCCGUAAUAUCACUGUGAAGUCGUGAACGAAACCAGCUCUGCUUCCCCCCCUGCAUUUCUUCUAGAGCCAAUUAAAUUGUGUUUUCCCUCUUGUGAAAAUACCUUUUUUCCUGGAAAUGGAGACUCUUUCCCAGGAUUCGAUGCUCGAGUGUCAGAUCUGCUUUAACUACUACAGCCCCCGACGGCGACCCAAACUCCUGGAUUGCCGACACACAUGCUGUUCGGUGUGUUUGACCCAAAUGCGUAGCAGCCAGAAAGAGAUCCGCUGCCCAUGGUGUCGUGGCGUCACCAAGCUCCCCCCGGGCCUGUCCGUGUCUCACCUCCCGGAUGACCCAGACAUCAUCACCGUCAUCGCCAUCCCUCACACCUCUGAGCACACGCCUGUCUUUAUUCGCCUCCCCAGCAAUGGCUGCUACAUGCUUCCCAUCGCUAAAGACCGGGCACUGGGCCUGCCAGGGGAGCUGGGAUGUCGCUUCUUGCCCGGCAGCCAGCAGAAGGGGGUGACAGUGGUGACUGUGCCCGAGGAGCAGCCACUGGGUCUGGCUAUGGGUCUAGACGGUGUAGGUUUGGAGGGAAGUGAGGGAGAGAGGAGGGUUACUGGUCCAGUGGGAGGAGCAGGAAAGGGCUCCACAUGGUCUGGAGUGUGCACAGUGAUCCUGGUGGCGUGUGUGCUGCUCUUCCUCCUGGGCAUCGUGCUGCACAACAUGUCCUGCAUCUCCAAACGCUUCACUGUUAUUUCCUGCGGCUGAGGGAGGCCGCUGCGGACCCCCUCAGGAUUCCCUCCCACCAGCCCUGCCUCUCCUCAGGGUGGGACUCUGUUAAGGAGAGGGAACUAAACUCACAUCGAGGGCAUUAAAGGAAACUACAGUGCAGUGUAGAGAGACAGUGAUGAUGAUGAUAAAGAAGAAGAGGGCAGGAAGGAGAGCCACAAACUGGUCUAAUGUUGUGGAGUUUUUUUUAAUCCUUGAAAUGGAAAUAUGCAUUUAAAUCUUCACUCUCCUCUCAUUGGACAGCACUCUGCUGGCGUUGAAACACCCACCUUUCUCCAUUCCUUCCAUUUUUCCUGAAAGAACGCUUUGGGAAUCCCUCCAGAUACGUUUCUGGCCCGCCGAUUUGUUUUUGGCUGGAAGCUGUGCUGACACUCACACUCGCUGUGGUUGGAUUGCCCGUUUAGUCUGUGGUUUGUAGAAAUGCAUCAUCAUAGAGUUGUUUAGAUGAAUGCCCGCUCCGAGUGCGAUGUCUCCAGCUGGUGCUGCAGUACAGGGAGUCCGGACUUGGCCGCUCACCGUUCCCUGAUGUUGCAGGAAUUAACUGUGCAGGAUUUUCUUCUGCCUCCUCCAGCCUGAAUAUUCUGAGGAGCUAAAAUCAAUUUUCUUUUUUCUUCUUUUUUUGUCAAAAACACAACCUGUGCAGAACAAACUGUUGCUGUGAUGAUAGUUCCACAUAGUUAGUAAAGGCUGCGUUGUCAAAAAUAUGGAUUGUAAUGUUCAUACAUACCAGCUGAAAUACAAACACAGGUAGUACAGAGUCGUGUUAUUAGGGCUUUAAGAAAUAAACAAUGUUAAAUGAAUUGAUUGUCAUUGGUUCCAGCCUCUCAUAUAUCAGGUUUUUCUGUCUUAUAUAACUGUACGAUAAAUACUCUUGUACUUUGGCCUGUUGUUUGCACACAAAAACAAUCUAAAGCUGUCACUUAGGAUUGCCAAUUAACUCAUAAUUGACAGAGAAUUGGUAUAAGCAAUUUAAUGAAGAAAUUAAGACCUUGAAUUGGUAUUAAUUUAAAUGAAAAUGAUGAGCAUUUGGAGGAAUAAUUUAGCUUCGCUUCAGGCAAUUGGAUGAGAAGUUCAGCAUCACCUUCUUAUCUGUCUUGAAGCUAUAGAGAAGGGAUAUCUUUGCAAGAAAAACACGUUGCACUAGCUUUAGAGCAUCAGAACUUCACUUUGAAGUUAGCUAGGCUAACGCUUUCCUCUUGUGUCCGUGUAACUAGCUAGCAGGUUAGCUUUCAAAAUGAAGCUCUAAAAAAAUAAAACAUUUGAACAUCAAGAUGUGGCAAUAUAGAGCUUACCUGUGAGGGUAUAUUUGUUAACUUUAAAGUUAACUUAAUUUUAAUAGUUAAUGAAUAUUCAAAAUUUUAAUUUUUUCCCUCAAAUUAGCUGAUUGGCUAGCUUUCUACAUCUCUGCCUGUUUAAAAAAUAAAAAUAAAUCACAGCUUGAUAUUUUCUAUUCAUAUUUUUUCUUCUUUUUUCAUUUGUUCUUCUU